CAUUAAUUCUCUCUAGGGUUAUACUAUAUAUUUGCACUGCAGCUAGCUGCCUUGCUAGCUCGGUGAGGAGCAAGACGAACGAGGCUACGCCGGCGACAAUGGCGGACGGGCAGCUCAAGGUACUGACGACGCUGGACCAUGCGAGGACGCAGUGGUACCAUUUCAUGGCGAUCGUGAUCGCCGGCAUGGGCUUCUUCACCGACGCCUACGACCUCUUCUGCAUCUCCCUCGUCUCCAAGCUGCUCGGCCGCAUCUACUACACCGACCUCGCCGGGGACAACCCCGGCAGCCUGCCGCCCAACGUGUCGGCAGCGGUGAACGGCGUCGCGCUGUGCGGCACGCUCGCGGGGCAGCUCUUCUUCGGGUGGCUCGGCGACAAGCUCGGGCGGAAGAGCGUGUACGGCUUCACGCUCGUGCUCAUGGUGGUGUGCUCCGUCGCGUCGGGCCUCUCGUUCGGGCGCACGGCGAAGGGCGUCGUCGCCACGCUCUGCUUCUUCCGGUUCUGGCUCGGCUUCGGCAUCGGCGGCGACUACCCGCUGUCGGCGACGAUCAUGUCGGAGUACGCCAACAAGAGGACGCGCGGGGCGUUCAUCGCCGCCGUGUUCGCCAUGCAGGGGUUCGGCAUCCUGUUCGGCGCCAUCGUGGCGCUCGUCGUGUCGGCCGGGUUCCGGAACGCGUACCCGGCGCCGUCGUACGCCGACGGCCGCGCGGCGUCGCUGGUGCCCGAGGCCGACUACGUGUGGCGGAUCAUCCUCAUGUUCGGCACCGUCCCGGCGGCGCUCACCUACUACUGGCGCAUGAAGAUGCCGGAGACGGCGAGGUACACCGCGCUCAUCGCGCGCAACGCCAAGCAGGCCGCCGCCGACAUGUCCAAGGUGCUCGACACGGAGAUCCAGGAGGACGCGGACCGCGCCGAGGCGGUCGCCGCCGGCGGCGCCGGCAACGAGUGGGGGCUCUUCUCGCGGCAGUUCGUGCGGCGGCACGGGGUGCACCUGGUGGCGACGACGAGCACGUGGUUCCUGCUCGACAUCGCGUUCUACAGCCAGAACCUGUUCCAGAAGGACAUCUUCUCCAAGGUCGGGUGGAUCCCGCCGGCGAGGACGAUGAACGCCGUCGAGGAGGUGUUCCGCAUCGCGCGCGCGCAGGCGCUCAUCGCGCUGUGCGGCACCAUCCCGGGCUACUGGUUCACCGUCGCGUUCAUCGACGUCGCCGGCCGCUUCGCCAUCCAGCUGAUGGGGUUCGCCAUGAUGACCGUCUUCAUGCUCGGCCUCGCCGCGCCGUACCACCACUGGACGACGCCGGGGAACCACACCGGCUUCGUCGUCAUGUACGGCUUCACCUUCUUCUUCGCCAACUUCGGCCCCAACGCCACCACCUUCAUCGUGCCGGCGGAGAUCUACCCGGCGAGGCUGCGUUCCACGUGCCACGGCAUCUCGGCGGCGGCGGGGAAGGCCGGCGCCAUCGUCGGCGCGUUCGGGUUCCUGUACGCGGCGCAGGACCCGCACAAGCCGGAGGCCGGGUACAAGCCAGGCAUUGGCAUCCGGAACGCGCUGUUCGUGCUCGCCGGCACGAACUUCCUCGGCAUGCUCAUGACGCUGCUGGUGCCGGAGUCGAAGGGCAUGUCGCUGGAGGAGGUGUCCAAGGAGAACGUCGCCGACGACGAGGAGGCGACGGCGUAGCCAAGAAGAAGAAGAAGAAGAAGAAGAAGAAGAAGACGGUGGUUCAACAGAGCUCAUUGGUUGAUUGAUUAAUCUUUCGUAAAUUUUGUGUAUGAUGAUGAUAGUACUACUGCGACUGCUGUAUUCAGUACGUUAGUACAUUUGUAUGUGUUAGUGUGAUGUGAAUGGCAGUGUCCAAAUGUAAAUUUAAUUUGAUGAUUGAAGCGUUAACUCUGUUCAUAUUUGAUGGCAUUUGUGUGUAUGUGUUUUUUUGUGAGGAUUUGAUUGUAUUUGUUUGUUAUAUUGAAAUAAAAGUGUGAUGGUAUUUUGUUA